AUGGCGACCCCCCUCGAGCAGCUCGCCGCCUCCAUCUCCGCCGACGUCGCCACCGUCACUCAGCUGCUGCAGGCCCGCGGCGAGCCUGCUCCCAGCUUCGACGAGACCAGCGCCGUGACGAUUGGCAAGACGACGGCCAAGCCAGACACGGCGCUCCUCGAAGCCCGCAACCGGCUCAUCAACGCCGCGCACGAUCUGCUGCGGCUGGCCCAGGGGCCGGUCGACCAUAUCGUGACGCUGGCAUACGGGGCCACCGAUACGGCCAACCUGGCCACCGUCGUCCGCUUCGAGAUCCCGCAAAAGGUGCCCUUUGGCUCGACCAUCUCGCUGCCCGAGCUGGCAGCCGCGACGGGCCUGGACGAGGACGUGCUCGCGCGUACAGUGCGGUAUGCCAUCACGAACGGCGUCUUCUGCGAGCCCGAGCAAGGACGCAUCGCACACACGGCCGCGUCCGCGACGCUGGCCAGGAACAAGAACCUGCACGACAUGACCGUCUUCAACAGCGGCUUCAGCACGCGCAUCGUCGUCAGCCUGGCCGAUGCUCUCAAAGCGCAGCAGGAGAAGCAGCCCGACGCUCCAGAGGCGGCCUUCAAUCUGUCGUAUCCGGGCUAUGUCAACCUGUUCGACUACAUGGGCAAGCACCCGGACGCCAGCCAGGGCUACUUCAACUACCUGGACGGGCGGUCCCAGCUGCCGCGGUACCAGGUGGGCAAUGUGGUCCAGUCGUGGGACUGGACAUCGCUAGGAUCGGGGACGAUUGUAGAUGUCGGCGGCUCCUCCGGCCACACAAGCAUCGCACUCGCACGCAACUUCCCACAACUGCACUUCGUCGUCGAGGACAUCAACAAGGAAGGCCUCGAGAUGGGCCGGCGGAUCAUCGCGCAAGACGCCGACCUGCAGCAGCGCAUCACCUUCCGGGAGCACGACUUCUUCCACCCUCAGCCCGUGCAGGCCGACGUGUACUUCUUCCGGCACGUGCUGCACGACUGGUCCGAUGCCGACUGCAUCCGCAUCAUCCAGGCGCUGGUGCCUGCGCUCAAGGACGGCGCGCGCGUCCUGGUCUCAGAGGGCGUCAUGCCCGAGCCUCCCGCGACGAGGAGUGCCCUGUUGGAGGACAAGCAGGUGCGCAUCGACGACCAUGUCAUGCUCGCCGCGCACGUCGCGCGCGAGCGCAGCGUCGAGCAGUAUACCAGGCUCUUCCAGGCUGCCCACCCUGGGUUCGAGCUGGUGGGCGUGUCGGGCAAUGCGGUGGGAGUGCACCACUCGCUUGUCGAGUACAAGUUUACAAGAAGAGAGUAG